AGAUAAGGUACACAAAAUUUACAAUUGAAUUUCUGAUUUAAUGGUACAAUUAUUAAAGGCACUGACUACUCUAGUGCAUACUACCUACUAUGAUAACUAAAGGUCAGGAAUCUAAUGCGACAAUAGAAUAUAAAGUUGUUCCCCCCGAUGGUGGGUGGGGUUAUAUCGUCGCAAUAGCAACCACGGUAAUUUUCAUUUCUACGUGUGCACCAGUCGCUGCUUUUGGACUAAUUUAUGGAAAGUUUUUGGAUUCCGUUGGUGACGAAACAACUGGAACGACAUUGGCAACUGGUUUCUUUAACACCGUUAGUUCAUUUAUGGGUUUAGCAACAAACAUUCUUCUUAAUAGAUAUUCGUAUAGACAAGUGGCCCUGGCUGGAUCGGCAAUAUUUAUCAUCGGAGCAGUUAAUGUAAUUUUUUCAAAAACUAUGAUUCAAUUUCUUUUAUUCUAUGGAGUCGUUCAAGGUAUAGGCUUCGGUUUAUUGAUGCCGUCUUCAUUUUCUGCAAUGAACUGUUAUUUUGACAAUAAAUUGUCUGUGAUGAUGAGUUUAUCGCAAACGUUCCUUAUUGCUGCCUAUAUGAGUGCACCGCCACUGGCAACGAUUUCUAUCGAAUAUUUAGGUUUCAAAGGAACGUUAAUACUGAUAGCGAACUUAAGCGUUUUGAGCUUCCCUUCGGCUUUAUCAUUUCGCCCUGCCCAAUCGAAUAUAGGAAAGAUCUCAAUUGACACAUUUGAGCUCAAUAAUGGUCCUGCUAUUGGUAAAAUCAACUUAAGACAACGAGCUUUAUCGUUGGGGAAUGAAAUGCUAUAUUCUCAAAUGCAACCUUUAGUGAAUACCAAUAUGAACAAGGCUAAUUAUCCUAGCGAAAAAUUUGUAAACAGGAAAUUAUCUCGAGAUGUUGAGGUUUAUAUUCGUAAGCCAAGAAUGUCCGUAGUAAGUCUUGGUGAUAGAAGUGCGGCGAUUCCCAUUGAUUCUAUUUUGGAAAACCUCGAGGACAAAUCAUUUUGCAAAUCUCUCUUGGAGUCCAUGGAUAUGUCGCUAUUAAAAAAUCUGCAAUACCUUAAUGUCAGUAUCGGCGUAGCAUUAUCAUAUACAGCCGAUGUGUCAUUUUUUCCAAUAAUUCCUUUAAUUUUGACUAAUAUAGGAUAUUCCUCAUCUGAUAUAGCACUGGCCAUAUCUAUUUAUUUUGGAUCUGAUUUGGCGGCUAGAUUAAUUUUUUCAGUUGUAUCCGGAUUAGUUGAAUUUAAUAGCAGACAUGUGCUACUUAUGGGAUCAUUUCUAAGUGCUAUUUUUAGGUUUGUAUUUGUUGGAAGCGAUUCGUAUAUUUUAAAAAUAACGUCCCUUGUUAUAUUGGGUUCCAUGCGUUGCACUGUACAAACAGUGAUGCCAUUGGUAUUUUCUGAACAAUACCCCGAUAUAUUUGCAACCGCUUUUUCUUUGUUUAUGGUCGUCAAUGGAACAAUUGGUUUGGUGACUGCCCCGCUAAUGAGUUACAUCAAAUCCUGGACAGACAGUGAUCUUUUGGUUUGCCAUAUCCUCACAAUCAUGUAUCUAAUCUGCGUCGUAUCUUGGUUAUUGGAAAUGUGGUACUAUAGGUUAAAAGAAAAAAGGGGAACAACUUGAAUAUACCAGCAUGACGAAAUGAAUGUUUUUAUUAUAUUGUGUAUAAUUGCAAUUGCAUGGUGUAUAAUACAUGCUCAUAGAGAAGUACGACGUUGAAAUCUAAAAGUAUUAUAUAAUUUGUGGCAUGGAAAACUACUCUACGAGGUUGAAAAAUUUUGAAACUUGAAAAAUAAAAAUGUGCACAAUUGGUUUGACUUACAGCGACGCAUUAACUACUCAUCCCUAUGCUUAGAUCUUCAAAAAUAUAUAUGCUUCAGAAUUGUGGGCAACAAAGAGCGAAUA